AGCAAAGCAGCCAAAUCAGUGUGCUUUGCUCCCAGCUCUGAAACAAUGGCAGUGCAUGAGAGGGUUAUAGUGCUGCUUCUUUUAUUAGGUUGUAGCUGUAAAGCUCAACUAAAGCCUGGAUUUCAAGUGAAGACCCCUCAGGUGCCAGCAGGUUAUCAGAAUGGAUUAGGUGCUGCUAAGGUGGUGGCGGCAGCCAGUUAUCAGGUUGGCGUAGGUGGUCCCAAGGUGGCUUCGACCGGCUUCCAGGUUGGCGUAGGUGGUCCCAAGGUGGCUUCAACCGGCUUCCAGGUUGGCGUAGGUGGUCCCCAGGUGGCUUCUACCAGCUUCCAGGUUGGCGUAGGGGCUCCCCAGGUGGCUUUGACCGGUUUACAGGUUGGCGUAGGUGGUCCUCAGGUGGCUUCAACUGGCUUCCAGGUUGGCGUAGGUGCUCCUCAGGUGGUUUCUACCGGCUUCCAGGUUGGCGUAGGGGCUCCCCCGGUAGCUUCGACCGGCUAUCAGGUUGGCGUAGGCGCUCCCCAGGUGGCUUCGACCGGCUAUCAGGUUGGCGUAGGCGCUCCCCAGGUGGCUUCGACCGGCUAUCAGGUUGGCGUAGGCGCUCCCCAGGUGGCUUUGACCGGCUAUCAGGUUGGCGUAGGCGCUUCCAAGGUGGCUUCGACCGGCUAUCAGGUUGGCGUAGGGGCUCCCCAGGUGGCUUCGACCGGCUUCCAAGUUGGCGUAGGGGCUCCCCAGGUAGCUUCGACCGGCUAUCAGGUUGGUGUAGGUGGUCCCCAGGUGGCUUUGACCGGCUACCAGGUUGGCGCAGGUGGUCCCAAGGUGUCGGCGACCGGCUAUCAGGUUGGCGUAGGGGCUCCCCAGGUGGCUUCGACUGGCUUCCAGGUUGGUGUAGGUGCUCCCCAGGUGGCUUCAACCGGCUACCAGGUUGGUGCAGGUGGUCCCAAGGUGUCGGCGACCGGCUAUCAGGUUGGCGUAGGCGCUCCCCAGGUAGCUUCGACCGGCUUCCAGGUUGGUGUAGGUGCUCCCCAGGUGGCUUCGACCGGCUAUCAGGUUGGCGUAGGUGCUCCCCAGGUGGCUUUGACCGGCUAUCAGGUUGGCAUAGGGGCUCCCCAGGUGGCGGCGACCGGCUAUCAGGUUGGCGUAGGCGCUCCCCAGGUGGCGGCGACCGGCUAUCUGGGCAAGCAAGUGGCUCCUGCUCUGGUUAAAUCUGUGACUGGAAUGCAAGUGAGCCCUGAUAGUGUGAGUGUUGUAUGUGGGGAGGAUUCUGUUGUGGUGCUUGUGCAACCAAUCCUCCUUGGUAAUGGUCAGCCAAUCAAUGCAUCAGACAUCACCUUCGGUGGCUGCGCACCCAUUGGGCAGGAUGCUUCCGGCACAGUGAAGUUUCAAUCUGCACUGCAGGCCUGUGGAAGUACACUGACGAUGACUGCUGAUGCCCUGGUCUACAGCUUUGCAUUGGUCUACACACCCAGGGGUAUUAAUGGCCUCCCCAUUGUGAGGACCAAUGGUGCUAUGGUUGGCAUUGAGUGUCACUAUUUGAGGAAACAAAAUGUGAGCAGCAAUGCCCUGGUGCCAACCUGGAUCCCCUACUAUGCCACAAUGGCUGCUGAGGCACAACUGAGCUUCUCACUGAGGCUGAUGGAUGAUGCAUGGCAGAAUGAGAGGGCCUCCAAUGUGGCAUAG